AUGGCUACAACAUUAACAGGGGGAAAUCCACACAUAAUCCAACUCCCAACAACACCGCCAAGCACCUCCAUCGACGCGCGCACAAUCGCCCAACAAUGGCUGUCAGCUUUGUCAACCCAGCUCUCGAGCCCAGCUUCCCUGAAUCUCGCAGGCCUCUUCCACUCUGAAUCCUGGUGGCGCGACAUGCUGGCAUUGGACUGGGACAUGCGCACAGUAAACGGUACACCUCAAAUCGCAGACUUCCUCAGGAAGCACCAGAAUAAAGCAAAGCUACACGGCUUCCGCCUGCAAGAUAACGGUCAAUUUCAGCCACGCCUGGAACAAGUAGUUGACGGUCUGAGCUGGGUUUCUUCAAUUUUCUUCUUCGAGAGUGCUGUUGGGACUGGAACUGGUAUGAUGCGACUGACGCAGGGUGCUGACGAUGCUUGGAGGGCUUAUGCUGUUUAUACUUCGUUGCAAGAGUUGAAAGAUGCUCCUGAGCCCUUGGGGAAGAGGAGGGUUGAGGGAACGACCGAGUCUAUGCCUGGUGGGUUGGCUGGGGGGACUUGGAUUGAGAGGAGGGAGAGACAGAAGGAGUUUUUGGAUGAGGAGCCUACUACUUUGGUUGUUGGUGCUGGUCAAGCUGGAUUGAAUAUGGGUGCGCGUUUGCAGAGUAUCGGGAUCUCGUGUUUGAUCGUUGAUAAGAAUGACCGCGUUGGUGACAGCUGGCGUAAUCGGUACAGGACACUUGUUACCCACGAUCCAGCCGAAUUCACACACAUGGCCUACCUCCCCUUCCCACAGAACUGGCCGCAGUUUACACCAAAGGACAAAUUGGGCGACUGGUUCGAAGCAUAUGCAAGUAUCAUGGAGUUGAACGUCUGGGUGAAGACUUCCGUCGUCUCAGCGGACUAUGAUGACCCCACUGCAAAGUGGACAGUAGUUGUUGCUCGUGGUGAUGGCUCUCAACGGACAUUGCACCCUCGCCAUAUCGUUUGGUGUACUGGCCACUCCGGCGAGGCACAUAUUCCCUCGUUCCCGGAACAGGAGUCCUUCCAGGGUAAGGUGUAUCACGGCAGUCAGCACCGUGAUGCUUCGGAGUCAGAUGUCCGAGGAAAGAAGGUAAUUGUUGUCGGAACUGGGAACAGUGGUCACGAUAUCGCGCAGAACUAUUACGAGAAUGGGGCAGAUGUUACUAUGCUGCAGCGCAGUGGUACAUACGUCUUGACUGCUGAUAAGGGUGUCUUCAUGAUGCACAAAGGCAUGCACGAGGAUGGCGGACCUCCAACCGAAGAAUGCGACAUCGCUACAGAAAGUCUCCCCUGGCCCGUCCAACUCGCCUUGAGCGUGCACAUGACGAAGCGCAUCGCAGAAGCCGAGAAAGAAACUCUAGAUGGACUCCGCCACGCCGGCUUCCAACUCGAUUUUGGUCCCGAUGGUGCGGGUAUUGCACGCGCAUACUUCACCCGCGGUGGCGGCUACUAUAUUGAUGUUGGAUGCAGCCAGCUCAUCAUUGACGGAAAGAUCAAGAUAAAGCACAGCCCCGGCGGUAUCAAUGGUUUCAGCAACCAUGAGCUACGGCUAGCAGAUGGUGACUCUCUGCCUGCUGAUAUGGUCGUUCUCGCUACUGGAUAUGAUAACAUGCGUACGACUGUGCGCAAGGUUUUGGGUGAUAAAGUUGCAGACAAAUGCUCUGAUGUUUGGGAUUUGGAUGCUGAGGGCGAGGUCCAAGCAAUGUGGCGUCCCAGCGGUCACCCGGGCUUCUGGUACCAUGGAGGAAAUCUUGCGUUGUGCCGUGUUUACUCCAAGUUCAUUGCGCUUCAGAUUAAGGCUGUCGAGACCGGUCUGUCUUCCGGGGUCAGACAGCAGAGUUUGAAUCGAGAGACCAAGAUCUAG